AAAUAUGAACGACUUAAAUCCAUUUAAGCGUAAAAAAGUUCUCGAUUUUUUAAAAAAAUUUGAAGAAAACAGAAAAAAUGUAAGAAAAUUUUUCUUUUUGAGGAAAUUGAUAAACCACACGUUUUUGGAUAUUUUAUUGCUUCUUAAUAUAUUUUUAGACAUCUGAAUCCAUUAUGACAUUCAAUUUUAAUAAAAAACGUAUUCGUCGUUUAAAUAAAUUAAAUGAUGUUAAAGAAAACUGUAAAGGUAUUUUAUACUGGAUGUUACGUGAUUUUAGGAUACAAGAUAAUUGGGCUUUGCUUUUUGCCCAAAAGACUGCUUUAAAAAAUAAUGUAGCUCUUCAUGUAUGUUUUUGCAUAAUGCCAAGUUUCUUAAAUGCUUCUAUAAGAUAUUAUAAAUUUCUUCUGAAAGGAUUAUUAGAAAUUGAAAAAGAAUGUAAACAAUUAAAGAUAAAUUUUCAUCUUUUGUACGGCGAACCAAAUAUGAGUAUUCUUAAAUUUGUAAAAAUGUAUAAUAUGGGAGCUGUGAUUGUGGACUUUUAUCCAUUGAAGUUACCUAUGUACUGGGUUGAUAAUGUACAAAAGAAUCUUCCAAAAGAUAUUCCUAUUUGCCAAGCAGAUGCUCAUAAUAUUGUACCCUGUUGGCAUGCAUCAUCAAAGCAAGAAUUUGCUGCUAAAACUAUAAGAAAUAAAAUAAAUGUAAAACUAGAGGAAUUUUUAACAGAAUUUCCUCCUGUUAUUGAGCAUCCAUAUUUAACAAAAGAAAAUUUUGAAAGAAAUAAUUGGGAUAUAGCUUUGCAAGAUGUAGAUGCAGAUAAGUCAGUGAAUGAAAUUACAUGGGCUGAACCAGGAUAUAUAGGUGGUAUUAAGGAACUAGAAAAUUUUAUACAGAAUCGUUUACAAAAAUAUGGAGAUGAACGUAAUAAUCCUUUAUCAAAUGUCACUAGUAAUUUGUCACCUUGGUUUCAUUUCGGUAUGAUCUCAGUACAACGAUGUAUUUUGGAAAUAAAAGAAUAUAAAAGAUUGUAUAAAAAGUCAGUUGAAUCCUUCAUGGAGGAAGCUAUCAUUAGAAGAGAACUCAGUGAUAAUUUUUGUUUCUAUAAUGAAAAGUAUGAUCUUGUUGAAGGUGCCUAUCCUUGGGCUAUAGAAACAUUAAAUAAACAUAGGAAGGAUAAACGAAAAUAUGUAUAUUCUUUAAGUCAAUUAGAAAAUUUUAAAACUCACGAUGAUCUAUGGAAUGCAUGUCAAAAUCAAAUGGUAACAGUUGGAAAGAUGCAUGCAUUUUUAAGAAUGUAUUGGGCAAAAAAAAUAUUAGAAUGGACUGAAACACCCGAGAUUGCAUUAGAAUGGGCUAAUUACUUAAAUAAUAAAUACAGCAUAGAUGGUUGUGACCCUAAUGGUUAUGUAGGUUGUAUGUGGUCUAUCUGUGGUAUCCAUGAUCAUGGUUGGUCAGAAAGAGAUAUAUUUGGAAAAAUAAGAUACAUGAAUUAUGAGGGAUGUAAACGGAAAUUUAAUGUUGCCGAAUUUGUUAGAAAAUGGGGAAAGAAGGAAGAUAAU